AUGAAAAAGUUGAUUGAGGUGAUGAUGAAAAUCAUCAAUAGAUGGCGACGCGGUGUUGAUAUGACAACCAAUCAUGAGGGUUAUGAAUUUGAAGUUGGAGGUGGAAAUAACAAUAAUGCGCUGGAGAGACAAUCCAUAAUUAUGGAAUUUUUAAAUCAUAUGGAAGUUGUAGAAGUACAAUUAAAAGAAUUUCAUAGUAUUCUAAGUGAUGAAGUUAUUAAAGAUAUCAGAAAGAGUUUUAAAGAAUUUAUCAAGUUACCAAAGAUUUUUGAAAAUUAUCAGAAUAUCGUUAAUUACGACAUUUCAUUACGUAAAGUAGUAGAUCGUUUAAUUGACGAAAGAUUAAUAAAUAGUUCUCAGGAAUCUAAGAAUCCAUAUAGCAACAAUGAUGACCAGCAAUUUUUUUCUUCUUUGAAAGAAUUAAAAUUAUUAGCUAAUCAAAUAGCUUAUCUAAAACGAAUUGAAAUGAUACGGGAUGUGUUGAACUCUCCUAAUAAAGAAGAUAUCUUGUUUAAUAAUGCUCUCCCGUGUUCUCUUCAAGGUGAACAUAAAAAACUAGGCGCUGAGCUAUUUGGAUACAUUACAGAGAUUAAGGAAGACUACCGUAAUGCGGCUAAAGGACAAUGGGAUAAGCUCAAAACAUUAAAAAAAGAUGACAUCAGUGGACUUACUUCUAAAGAUCUGGAGUAUAAUAGCGUAACAUAUGGAUUGCUAGCCUAUCGGGAAUACAGAGACGCAUGUAAAAUUAAACUUUUAGAAGCCCAGUUAUAUGCAUUGGCAGCAAUUAGAUUACAACUUAAGAAUUCUCAUGAAGUCACGUUAAAUGAUCUGAACGAGGCAAAAAAAAUAUUUGAUAAAGUUAGAGGUAGGAAUACUGCCGAUGAAACUUCUGAAUUACAAACUGUGAUUAAUCUGAAACGUUCAAUUGAUGAUGAUAUGCGAAAGAUCGGUGUUGAUUUAUUGCUCAAAGCGGACCGCAGCUUGGCUCAUUAUCAAGUACCUAAAAAGGAUAUCUUGCAUGUCAGAUAUAAAGCUUCUAGCCUUAAAGGAAGAGGAAUUGGAAUAAUGACAACUGGUGUAGGUGUAGGAGUAGCAGUAACCGCAGCUGCUUCGAAUCAGUACAGUCGGUGGUCCAAUCUGGUUGGCAAUCGGAUUAAUGGCCUUUGGUAUGGGAUUUGGGGCGGUUCAAGCCUAUGGAAAGAAGGCAAGCACCUGACAAAAAUGCCAGGAAUUCUCGAAAAACUCAAUUGUAUAAUGAAACGAGCACUAAAAUGUUAUGAUGAAGGCGACCAUCAGCAAUUUAUCACUAUACUUUCUGAGGAGUAUAAAACGAAUACUAGUCUUAUAAAAUUAAGGGAUCGUUCAGAUUUUAUCGAUACUAAGAAAAUCGUGGAGACACUUCUAGACUAUGGUUUUCGAUCGGAUGGUAUUGCAUACCUAUUGAUUUUGCUUGGUGAGGUCUUAAGUAGUGGAAAAAUUAAAAUUGAAGGAAUAACAACGAAGGAGUUAAUAUCACAAGCAAAGCACGUUCUUACUGGGGUGAGGUUCGAGAUUCUUGACGAGAUGGCUAAAAAGCUCGAUGACCGCAUUGAUGAUGCAUUGCGAAAAAAGGACAAUCUUUUUAGUGUUUUAAAUAAAGUUAACGAUUUUAUUUUUAUUAAGAAUUAUAGUAACAUAGAUAAGGAACACAAGGGUGAUGCUCAAGAAACGUCCUUUCAAUCAAGGUUAGAAGAAAUGCGCAAUUUUGCAGAAAUUAACCUCGCGAUUUUUGAUAUUAUUGACGGUGGUGAUGAAGAACUUGAACGAGCUAGAAAAGCUAUUGAGAAAAUUAGAGAUCAAAUCUGUCGAUAUGGUUUUGCUGUAUUGCGCUUAGAAGUUUUGGAGGAUUUCUUGUUUGUCCUUCAUGUUUUAGAAUUACUUAAAAUCACUUUUCCUGUGGAAUCAGGAAUUCAAAGUCAUUGA